AUGUUAAUUUUACUCGCCUUAAUAAUUGUUAUCAAACAUUUUUCCAGCACUGAAGUUCAUAAAACAGCAGCUGUUAUAGCCAAUCAAGAGUUUUCGCCUAAUUAUCCAACAACAGUUAUAUGGUGGGAAACUGCUCCAGAAAAUAUACAUCAUUUUACUAAAGAAUAUAAAGGUCUUGUAGUAACACUUUCACUUAAUUAUACAAAUGAGAAUGAAACACUAACCAGAGAAUUCGUGUAUGACCAAACAGUCAUAUACGUUAAACAUGUUGAAGAAUUCAGCUUAAUUUUAAAAAUGGUAAAACCUUCUUUAGAACCCAUCCAACUUAUUUUGGUGUUAAUUGAAGUGAAUGAGUCUAGGAUUACAAAUCUCAUACAGGUUGCUUGGAAAAAUGAGGUUGCUCAAAUAAUCAUUGUUACAACCAAUAAAAAAAAAGACAUAAAUUUGUAUACAUUUAUUCCAUAUACACCUGGAGAUUGCGGUAACAUUACACCUGUCGAAGUUCCAAUUAAUGCACCAAGUUUCUCUAUCAGAAAAUUUAUCAACUUCAACAAAUGCCCUCUUACACUGUCUGCUCAUACGUCGAUGCCGUAUAUAAAGGUGAUUAAAGAAAAUGACAAAAUAAUACUCAGUGGGUUUGAAUCAGAUGUUAUAAAUCUCAUUGUUGAAAGACUUAAUGCUUCGUUAGUAGUAAUAUCUAAUGAAGGGCAAGAACGAGACAACAUCGCAAACGACAGUUUAAAAGUAGGUUUUAGUGAUUUAAUAAGCAAAGAUGCAGAUGUCAUGUUACCAGCAGUAUUUGUCAAUGAAAAAAGGUAUUCCGUUGCUUUAACUACAUACACAUAUAACGACCUUACAAUAGUUUGGAUUGCUCCAAAACAACGCGUUAUUUACGCUUGGGCGAAUUUAAUACUACCAUUUAUAUCAAGAAUUACGCCAUUAAUCAUUCUUACCUUCAUAUCCUUUAUAGCCGUUGUUAAACUAAUUAUAAGAUUUGGCAGAUAUCAUGAAUUCAAAGAAAAAACCGUAAUUUUUCAAAGUUUCACAAUACUUUUAGGAUUGCAAACGAAAUUUGAAACCAAAUGUUGGCUAAAUAAUACUGUACACGUUUUGUGGGUAUGGUAUUGUUUUCUGAUACGUAUUGCUUAUCAGGGUGAUCUCAUAAAUGGCUUGCACAAAGUUAUUCUGGAACCUCCUAUUCGAACUGUUAACGAUGGCUUACAAAACCUCGAUAAAGUGGUCGCUUCUGCAGCAAUACAAGAGCUAUAUAAGAAUACAUCACUCGAAGAACAGUUUAAUGUGCUAGCCAAGCCUAGCGAUUCAGAAGUAUACCUUAAAAAAAUCGUUGACGAGGCAAGAAUUUUACUAGCUGAAGAUUUUGUUUCUGUAAAGAGUCAUGGUUAUUCGGAAAUGGUGCAGUUUUUAGAAGAAAGCGUGAUUAGGUUUCCAGCUUGUUUGUUUGUAAGAGCCCGAUGGCCUGGUGUCGAUGAAUUUCGUCGUAAAAUAAUGGAAUUUCACCAACAUGGUUUUUUUGGAUAUUAUUAUUAUCAAAAUAAAGCCAGGCACUACAGAAGAUAUGAAAGAAAUCAUGGAUUACAUAUAAAAGAACAGAACACAGAACCACUCACCAUUGUUUCACUGAGUUCAUUGUUUUAUGGACUUUUGAUGGCGUAUUUUAUCUGCUUUAUUGUAUUUUGCAUGGAAAUUAUCUGGUUUAAGACCAAGGCAACACGAGAGAACCCAAUAGUAAAAAAACAAAACAUAUCUGUAACUUUUAUAGAGGGAUGA